GUCACCGACUUAGUAAUUGCGUAUAUUCUCUGCGUGCUAUUUAUUAUAAAAAAUAAUAUAUUUUUGUUGUUAAUGUGUAAAUAGCAUGUGUUUAGUGCCAUAAAAUAAUGUGAUUUAUUAUUGUGUCAAAAUAUUACUCCCUAGUUGUGUUAUAAGGUGAUAUUAGAAAUGAAUGAAAAUCUCCGAAUAACUUAAAACGAUAUUGUGAAAUUAUAUCGAAAACGAAAAAUUUUACGACCCAGAAACAAACAAAUAAUCAGACAUGAUAGUUCGCCGGACGAACUACUCAUUGUAGAGAGGAUCGCUUGCAACAUGGGUCAACAGACAUCGAGAAAGAGCGGCGAAUGCACGUGCGGUUGCGGCGCGUGGGAGAGACGCAGGUACGCGGAGUCGCCGAGCAGCGUGCACCGCUACGUGAGCGCCGUCACCGACAGAUGGAGUGCGAGGGAGUGCGCGUGUCGGCGUCGCAGGUGGCGGCGGCCGGCCUGCGUGUGUACCGCCUACAGGCGCGUCAGCGACGCCUGCCACGACGACCGAUUGGCUGCAGUUCUAACGCUGGGCGCGAGGGACCUCCGACGUGAAUUGGAUGCCAUUGUCAUUAACACAGACACAGAUACGAAUAGAGAGAUUGGAGAGCCCACCGCUGAAGUGUAUGUACUGUCAGUGGCGCCUCGCGAGAGUGAGGCCUUACAAGAGGGCAGGCGGGCGGAACUGGCUCAGGCGAACGAUCCCUCCAUCAGGCGUUUCCAGGUGGUCUGCGGUGGCGAGCUGCGCGCGUUACUGAUCCGUGGGCCCCCCCUCGCGCACCAGCCCCUGCCGCCGCCACUCACCACCGUGCACACACAGGUCGAUUACAAGCAUUGUCUGGUACCGGAUUUGCAGGAAAUAACUGCCUGCUCGUUCUACUGGGGGAAGAUGGACAGGUACGAGGCGGAACGUCUGCUUGACAACAAACCCGAAGGCACGUUCCUUCUCCGCGACUCGGCCCAGGAGGAGCAUCUGUUCUCGGUGUCGUUCCGCAAGUACGGUCGCUCGCUGCACGCGCGCAUCGAGCACUACCAGCACCGGUUCAGCUUCGACUCGCACGACCCCGCCGUGUUCGCCGCGCCCACCGUCACCGGCCUCAUAGAACACUACAAGCAGGACCCCGCGUGCGUGAUGUUCUUCGAGCCGAUGCUGACGGCGCCGCUGCCGCGCACCGCGCCCUUCUCGCUGCAGCAGCUGGCGCGCGCCGCCAUCGUCUCCCGCCUCAGCUACGACGGCGUGGAGCAGCUGCCGCUGCCGGCCCGGCUGCGCGCCUACCUCAAGGAGUACCACUACCGGCAGCGCGUGCGCGUGCGGCGCCUCGAGCCCGACGCCUACGAGCCGCAGAUGUAGCGCUUUCGGUGGCGCGACAGGGCCCUCCUGCUCGUGCUGUGCGGGGUGUGUGCGCUCGUGAAAGUGAACAGCCUGGUCGCGUUGUAUUUUAACCUCAGUAUAUACGGUGACUGUGAUUAGUGAUCGGGACGCUUUAUAAGUAUUGUGUAUGAGAUGGGAGAACAUAACUGUGUAGAGAAAUCCCCACUCAAUCCUAGUGGAACAUGAGUAUUGUAUGGGUUAUUCUCUUCUCCGUCUUCACUUCGAUGGAAACCGAGUCUGUCUAUAUUGGUUGUGUGAAAUGUUCUCCGUGUGCACGUUCAAUCAUCGGCCAUCGAUAAGGACUCUAUUUAAAGUGAAUUUAAAUUGAUUUACAACGAUAGAGCUAUUGUCAUUUGUUUAAUUAUCGCUGCAGAUAUGUUUAAAACCUAACAUAAUUAAACAUAACAAUAACGUCAUGGUUGUUUUGACCGAAUUAAGUGCAAUAAUUAAAUAAUGUUAAUAGUUUCUAAUGUGAUAUCCGAGUCAAGAAUCCGGAAUUAAUACAUACCAGGAACAAUGUAACAAUGUUACCUUUGGACUAUACUUUAAUGUGGUCAGUGGCUGAUUUACUAGCAAAUUUAAUAGGCUUGUGCCUUGGGAGUCUUCGAGACAUCUUUCCGAUGUUCUUUAUUUCUUACCUUCCAAUGUAUUAUUAACAAUUCAUGAUACAGUUUUUUUGUUUUAAAUGGAACAAAUGCUAAGAAGUUAUUAUACUUAUUAAGAAGCGUUGGUUGAAAAUUUAAUUUAAAUUUUAAUUGAAUAUUCUUACGUGCGAGGUUAUAGGGAUAAGAGUUGAAAACUUUUUAAAUGUGUAAAUCUGCCACUGAGGGUUGCUUAGAAGGGAUGUAUGGUUGGGCGUAGGCUUACAUCUUUUUAAAUUUCCAGCGUAUACAUUCAGGCUUCUAAAUGGUGUUAACAAUUUAUGCGAGUAAUGCGAUCACUGGCUUUUCAGAUUACAGUCAAAUACAAUAGCCGAUAAACUACAUUUUCAAUCGAUUAUAUAAUAACAAUAUUUAUAAUUAUAUUUAACUAUUCACAUACUAUAUAUAUUCGUUCCUCAUUGUUGUAAUAUUAGCCGUUUCAUAUUGCUUCGUCAGCUUUGAUAUAAAGUUUAAUAAUCAGCAUACCGUAUAAGCUUUUCUUAAAGUGCUAUAAUAAUUAGAUUUAUGUCAUUAGUGCUAUGUAAUAAAACUGUAUAGUACAUUCCGAUGGUUACAGUGGAUAUUUACAAAUUCCAUGCAAUUAUCGCUGUAUUGUACACCACGAACAGUUCUCGAUUAAUACAUCUCUAUAUAUAACACGACACUGUUACCCUUAACAACUUAUAUACAUUUUAAUAUACUUCCGAAUAACUCCGCCUGCCAUUGGAAUUUACUAUAUAAGUAUUAUAUUUAAGGACAAAAUUUGCAAUAAAAAAUAUAUAUAUAUAUAUAUAUAAUUUAAUUAAUUAUAUAUAGUGGCUCAUGAUUCUCUUCCAUAAAUGUAAAUUGGUUACGAAUUAGGGGAAAAUAUUUACUACGAGAGUAUUAGAGUUGUGUAGUUAUACUCGCAAAAGUAUACUGUUACAAUUGAUAUUAAUUAGAUUUGCAAUGAAUAUUCAGAUACUGUCUCUGUAUUAUAAUAAUAAUAUAUUAGGCCUUAGCCCAGCAGUGGGACAGUAACAGGCUGUUACUAUUUACUUUAUCUCUGUAUUUGCCAAUACCAUACAACAGUUACCACCGGGCCAUCUCGGCUUUUUAAAAAAAAAAAAAAGCCGAGAUGGCCCGGUGGUAAGAACGCGUGAAUCUUAACCGAUGAUCGUGGGUUCAAACCCGGGCAAGCACCACUGAAUUUUCAUGUGCUUAAUUUGUGAUUAUAAUUCAUCUCGUGCUUUACGGUGAAGGAAAACAUCGUGAGGAAACCUGCAUGUGUCUAAUUUCACUGAAAUUCUGCCACAUGUGAAUUCUACCAACCCGCAUUGGAGCAGCGUGGUGGAAUAAGCUCCAAACCUUCUCCUCAAAAAGAGGAGAGGAGGCCUUUAGCCCAGCAGUGGGACAUUCACAGGCUGUUACGGUUACGGUACAACAGUUUGUUCCAACGGCAGGUUGAAUAAAGAUUACAUAAGAUAUAAGAUAAAUAUAUAUAUAUAUAUAUAUAUAGAUUUAUAUUAUUUGUAAUGCAAUACUAUUCCAUUUCAAUUUACUUGGACAAUUUAUUCGACAUUCGAAAUGUAAUUUUUUCACAAUUCAACAAUGAACACCACAGAUAAUUUAUAUUUCGACCAAUAUUGUAAAAUCAUGGUGAGAUUUUUUUAUGUACUUGUGCCAUUGGAAUCAGUUAUUCGUUUGGAUAAAUCAAUCAACCAAGGUGCGCCAAAGCUCCCGACCCUCCGCCUUCCGCAUCCAGUCGGUCCCCGCCACCUUUGUAAGGUCGUCGGUCCACCUGGCUGGAGGGCGCCCUACGCUGCGCUUGCCGAUCCGCGGUCUCCACUCUAGGACUCGUCUGCUCCAACGGCCAUCGCUCCCACGACAUACGUGACCAGCCCACUGUCACUUCAGCCUGCUAAUUUUGAAAGCUAUUUCGGUGACUCCGAUUCUUUUCCGGAUAAUCUCAUUUCUGAUCUUAUCCUUCAAAGAUACUCCGAGCAUAGCUCGCUCCAUAGCACGCUCAGCGUUUGGAUAAAAAUGCCGUCAAAUACUGAGCAAUAUUCGUAAAACAUAUAUAUUUCUCCCGUUAUCAUAUAUAUAUAAUUUGUAUUAUAUGAUUAUAUUGAAUCGUUGCAAAUCUAAUUAGUAAGCCCAUUUUAGAGUCAACGGUAUGCUUAUUAAAGUAAUUAUAACAAAGAACGAUAAAAUUGUAGAAAUAUAAAGAGAAUUAACAUUUUAGAUGAUAAAAUUGUUAUAAUAACUACUGGCUUUAUUUAUAAAUAUUGUUUCGUGGUGAUUUGUCAAACGAUGCUGUGUCUCGUUCCGGCUUAUGUCAAAUCAAUGAUGACAGAAAGAGAUGUCGAUGUCAAGGUUUUUGUUUCGCUUGUUGGUAGGGCAUUGUGCAAGCUCGUUUGUGUUUAUCAUAUAUUCAACCGCAAAACAGCAGUACUUGGUAUUGUUGUGUUCCGGUUUGAAGGGUGAGUAAGCCAGUGUAAUUACAGGCACAAGACGUCACAGACAUAACAUCUUAGUUUCCAAGGUUGGUGGCGCAUUGGUGAUGUAAGCGAUGGUUAACAUUUCUUACAAUGCCAAUGUCUAUGGGCGUUGGUGACCACUUACCAUCAGGCCCAUAUGCUCGUACGCCUUUUAUAUAAAAAAAAAUAUAGUAAUAAGACGUUAUGUUCCCAAUGCUGUUGGCUGACUUGUCAGUCUGCCUAUCUAAUAUGAUUAAAAGUAAAAUAACAGCCUGUGAAUGUCUCACUGCUGGGAUAAGAUCUCCUCUUGGAGAUUAUUCUAACACAAUGCUCAAAUUUGGGUGGGGAAACACAUUUGGCGGAAUUACAGCGAAUAUUUCUCACAGCGCCAAUGACCAUGAGCGGUGCUGACCACUUACCAUCAAGUCGCACUUUAGCUAUUAAGCCUGAAAAUUUAAAAAAAAGUAGUUCAACUAAACACCAACUUAACAAUGUUUAUAUUUAAAGUAUAUAAUGAAUGUAUUCGAUGUAACUAACUUACUAAAUGUGUAAAAAACUAUUUUUCUAAAGUUAACUAUUGUUUUUGCCGCUACAUGGCAUUAAAAAUUGAAAUAUUUUUGGACUGAUACGUUUCAAUUUGUAUGUUAUUUAUUUGUAAGAUAUAUAUAUAAUAUAUGUAAUUCAUUAUGUCUUGAUGUACGGAGACAGUGAAGGUCAUACAAUGGUUCUCAAUAUGCAAUACGAGUUCUCCAUGAAGCGAAUUAGUAUAUGCGACGUGCUUUCCAAGGCACGCGACUGUACUCACAUCCAACUUCCAGACUCUAGGCUGCUACUGAGAUCUUUCGACGGAAACAGCUCGAUAGUUUCUUUAUUGGCCCGACCUGGGAUUUGAACUCAGGGUCUAGGGGUCUGCGGUCUUAUAUCUAGCCACUAGACCAACGAGGCAGCCAAAAAUGGUGCCCGAUAUGCCUGACCUGUGACCCAUCACGGGUGAUAAUGACCACUUGACAACUAUAUUUAAAAAGUAUAAUUAAUUAAGUGUUAAAGUCGAAACUAUUGAGAACCGCUGCAAUGAUCUAGUGCAUGGUUUCCGGCAAGUAUAUAAAAGAUUUCGGUUAAGCGUUUUUAAAAUGAACAAUAUGCGUUGUGAUGAACGAAAACCUUGUAUAGCUUAUUCCAAUCGAGAAAAGAGUAAAGAUAAACGACCCAUAGAUUUACAUAUCCCACGCGAUUCGCUACAGCUCUGCUGUAUUGUACACCACGAACAGUUCUCGAUUAAUAUAUCUCUAUAUAUAACACGACACUGUUCCACUUAGCUACUUAUAUACACUUUGAUUUCACUUCCAAAUUUCCGAUAACAACUUCGCUGACAUAAAAAAAAACUCUUCUUUCGCGAAUCCAUAGUGAAUACCACAGACUAUACAACACGUCGACCAAUGACAUCGCGUCAAUUCAACGACAAUGAGUCGUUUAUUUGUCUUUACUCUUAUGGUUGGAAUAGAUUAUAGAAUAUUGUACGUGAUUAAUAGAUAUAUACGCGAAUACCAUCUUUAUAUAAGCCAUCACUAUAAAAUUGAACUAUGUAUAAAUUAUAUUAUUUCAUAUAUUUAUUUUGUAUAUAUAUGUAUGUAUUAAAUUCAUAAAUAUAUAUGAAGCGUUUGGGAAUAAACAGUGUCUUAGAAUAUAAGAAUUUGAAUAUAUACCGUAAAGUAUUAUAUAAGCUAAUGAAAUUAUUGUAUAUCCUGUAUGGUAGGUUUGGUCGCUAAGCGAAUGGGUUCCGGUUUUGAUCGACCCUGGCUCUCGAUCAGGCUAGAACGAUGUUGUCUUUCAACGCCAUCUGGUUUACGCUUUCACUUAAACUGAAUUUCAGUUAAUUUUCUAUAAAUAAUAAUUAUCACAUUUAUAAAAGUCAAACAAUGCGAUAGUGUUGUGUGUUACCCGUUGAAAAAAAAAAAAAAAAGUGAGAUUUUGCGUACAAGUUGUCAGACAGAUUUAUAAUAGAGUACGUGAGACUUGUCUUCUCACUCUCACGCGGUAUUCGUUGCUACGUUACUAGGUUACGUCAUAUAUUACGUAACACCUCUCCCCCCUCACACGCGGGAGGUAACUCGUUGCAACGUUACGUUUCACCGACUGACAAUGUCACGGACGCAUUCUCGGAGCGGACCGACCUAGUGUAUGCAUGUAUUGUACGGUAAACCAUAGAUUUGAUAUGUUCGCACUGCUUUAAUAUUAAAUACAAGUCAUUUAUGUAAGAAUGAUAAAUAAUGAUUCGCUUGGAUGAUGGCCAACUGCGCAGGAUAUAUUAGUGGAAGUAUCUGAGCAAACAUAAAGCUUCGUAUUCAUUCCUUCGCUCUCGUAAUCUUUGCGUGCUUUCCGAGGCACGGGAUUGUAACUAUGACAACUAACAAACAUUGGGCGUUUACUGAAAAUUUUUCAACGGAAUAUUCGAAUACUAAUUUAAAGCCUAAGACAGGCCAGUACUGGUCCAGUCUUACGUCUAAUGGCUGAUAACAAUUGCAUUGAAUAAAAAGCUGCAUUUAAUAAUAAAGCAGUGUGAAUAAAGUCUUUAGAAUGAUUAGAAAGGUCAUGAUAAAAACUAUAGACAUAGAUAAUGAUUUAGAAGGCUUUGAAGAAUCACAGAUGACGAAAAGCAUAUCUCCUUCGGUUAUUCAGUCAUUUGAAAGUGUGGCGUCUAUAGCUUGAUAGUAUUCAUGGUUGAAAUUCCGUAGUCUCUUUAUAAUAAUAGUACUAUAACCAUUUGGACACCAUAAGGGCAGUCCAGAAGUAUUUCGAGACGGUAUAUUGAUAUUAGACGAAUGAAACGAAUCGUUUUUUGUACGUUAGUAAUCGAUCGUUUUCUAGUUACGAAUAACCAGCCUAGCCUAGUGGUUAGAACGCGUGAAUCUUAACCGAUGAUCGUGGGUUCAAACCCGGGCAAACACCACUCCAUUUUCAUGUGCUUAAUUUGUGGUUACAAUUCAUCUCGUGCUUGACGGUGAAGGAAAACAUCGUGAGGAAACCUGCAUGUGUCUAAUUUCAUUGAAAUUCUGCCACAUGUGUAUUCUACCAACCCGCAUUGGAGCAGCGUGGUGGAAUAAGCACCAAACCUUCUCCUCAAAAAGGGAGAGGAAGCCUUAGCCCAGCAGUGGGACUUUAACAGGCUGUUACUGUUACUGUUAGCCGUUAAAGUUUACGUUAGAUACAUGCGACUAUGAUUUUUCUAUUACGAAGACAAUUCUACCGUCCGUAAUGAAAACGAAUCGUUUCUUGUUUAUAGUUUAUACAUUAAUCAGUUUGUCUUUUCUAUCCGUUGUCUAUGUCUAUGUCUAUGGUGAACCGUAUAUCUAUAAGCGAUUAGAAUUUUCAUAUUAAAAUAGUGUAGAAAUGAAGCGCGGAUUACGGAUAGUGGUUUCGCGCCAUCGAUGGCUAUUUAUUUUAGUUUCAAAUUGGCUUCCUGCAAUUAAUAUUUUAUAAUAAUAUAUAUAUAUAUAUAUAUAAAAUUAUAUUGUUAUAAAAUAAUUUAUAUAUAUAUAUAUAAUGUCGGAUAUUCUACUUAUCGAUAAAGCUUCGGUAAAACCAAUUAAUUAUCCAUUUUUAAAGUAACCUCCGGUUUGCAUAUAAAUCAAGGCGUGAUCAGUUAAACAAUGCUGUGUCUCCUUCUUACGUAUGUAAAAUCAAACAUGAUAGAAAGAAAGAAAUCAGUGUUGAAACAGUCGAUAAACAUUCAUUAGUAAGACCGUUACUGUGUAGAAUUACUUUAGAAUAUUAAUUAACAAACUUCUGGCUUCAUUGAUUAAUUUAUUAAUUUGCUACAAAAUUAUUGAUUAAAAUCCGGAACUUUAAUGUUGAACGCAAUAUAUAUUUAAAUAUAUACUUAUGUAUUACCAGUGAAUUGUUAAUAAAUCAUGAUAUACAAAUCCGUUUCAAAGAUUCUGUUCGUUGAGUGUUCGUUUUAUCUUAAAAAAAUAUGUUUUUGAUUAAAUUAUAGCAAUUGCAUAGUCGACUAAAGGACAUCACAACAUUAAAACUAACGUAUAUCUUAUAUGUACUUAUUAUUAUUAUUUUUUAUGAUUAUAAAUAUCAUGGCCAUACCCUAAUUUAUAAAAAGAAAUUUGCGUUUGUUUGAGCAAACCGGUUUGCGCAGUUUUAUUACGUAUAUGCGAACGGUAAAAAGUUAGCUUUUAAAGGUCAAAGUGAAUUUGUUUGAUCAUUGGUGUGUUAAAUACUCGGAAAUUCGCAAUGUAUUUGUUUUUACGAUCACAUAGUAAUAUGACUCAAACUUGUUACUGUGUAGUCAAAACACGGCGUUUCGUCUAUAUGUAGCAUCUUUGCUGCGCAAACCGAUUUGCACAAGAAAACGCGUAGACGAAUUCUAGUAUUGUUUUCAGGAUUUCAGAAUUCACUAGUGAAAUUAUUGCUAGAAUUAUAGGAAUCUUUUUUUUCUGUCAUGUAUCUAUGUUAUUUGAGCGAGCGCAAAAUAUUCUGCCAAUGUCACGAAUAAAAUAUAUAAGAAUCCUUAAAAUUGACGUCAAUGUUUUUUUGACACGUUUGUGUCGAAUGUCAAGUGAUGACAAUUUGCUUGUAAUACAAAUUAUAAACGUUUCAAUAAGAUUUGAAUAAAAUUUAUUUAAUUUAAAUAGUUUAGCGAUUUAAAUGAAAAACUUUUAGUGAUUUUGUACAAAUUUUAUUAAAAUGUUUUUGUAUCUUAAUAUUGUUUCGAUAUGUGUUACAUAACCCUAUUUAAUUUUAAAUUAUAUUAAUAAUGUUUAUUAAAGUGGUUGUCAGUUAAUCUUUAUUAUGUAAUUUAAUACAUAAGCGUCUCUUUAGUUGUAUAAUUUUGUAUAGUAAUAUAUAACGUAUAGAUUAUAAUUGUUUUAAUAACUUUUCAUGUAUUAAUAUGGAGUGUAGACCGCGCGAAGCGUACAAAUUAUAUUGAAGAAUCAAUAAAUAAAUGUAUUUUAAAUCUA